CGAUGUCAAAAAUCUUCGGAGCCCAGGACGGUAAGACUGAUACUUCGAAAAAGUCUGAAAAGUCUGUUCAUGAGAUGCUAUAUGGCGAGAGAAGUUUUAACGAUAUCAUCGACUCUCUCGAUCAUGGUAAUUCCGAAGUUCCUUUGAUGUGCAGAUGGUUCCACCCCCCUGAGAAUAACAUGGCCUGGGUCAAUGAGGAGGAAAUAUCGCGUCUGUUCAAGCGAUUCCGGAAAUACGCAGAUAGACUAGAGGAGCCAAAACUACUGGAGGAUGUGAAAGACAUCCGAGACAAAAUUGAGAUGAUUCAGUGCGUUCAUAAAGAUCAAGCCAAAGUCAUUGCCGAAGUCAAGAAUUUUCUCCAAUCUGAAGAGCCUAAGCUGCGCAGCACUGUGAAUGACAUAGCAGCCAGAUUCAAAGUAAUAGAUGAUCACGCAAAGUCUGUUGAGAGCAGCCCCGUUCAUCUAGAGAAGAAGCGGAGGAAACAGCAAGACAAGGAAAAUCUACCUCUAUCUUUCAUGAAUUCAUUCCUUGCCAUCUCGGUAGCACAGUUCCCGCAUGAUCAAGAGUCUGGAGAUAUCUCGUGGCCUCUAUCCUACCUCUGCGGUCUUCUAUUUGGUGUCUCAUUCGCUGUCAUCAUCCCUCUCAUCCUUCUUGCCUUUAACAUCAAAUGGUUGACUGCGCCCUGGACUACCUUCCGCGAGGUAUGGUUGUGCCGUCUUAUGCUCAACCUUCUGUCGUUUCUGAAGCGCUUUCGUGGCUUCCGUCCCCUCGCUGCAUGGGGCAAUGAACGGGAGCAGCAUCUGGUACUUGGUUUGAUAGACUAUUUUGUGGGCUAUAAUGUUGGCGAUGAAAUGAUUAAUCACUUAAAGCAUAUUAUCGCGAGUGAUUGGGGAGCCUCACCUGCCAACGUCUCGGGCGCGGGACUAGAUAGCAGCUCGUCAAUAUCGGACGGUCUUCGCCAUUUGAUAUAUAGAAGCUACAAGCGUGAAGAUGAGGAUGUUCGGGUGUCAAUUGCAAGCUCAACGAUGCGGGGCAUACUUGGAGAUAACGCAUCUGACGAUGAGAGCGUGGAUGACGAGGAUGAGAGGCGGCGAGAUUACAAGAAGCUAGAGAAGGCGGUGCCGAACAGGUACUAG